UUUGAAGAGGUGAAUUAAUAUUGUAAAUGUGACACUGCAUUUUUGUUUUUAGUUUUUGCAUUCACAUAUUUGGUAAAAAUGAGCAUUUUAGAAUACAACGGUGCGGCUAUUAUAGCAAUGAAGGGGAAGGACUGUGUUGCAAUUGCAGCAGACCGAAGAUUCGGGAUUCAAGGACAGACGAUUAGCAUGGACUUUGAUAAGAUUUACGAGAUGGGACCACACCUGUACAUUGGACUUCCGGGCUUGGCAACAGAUGUGCAGACUGUUUCUCAAAAACUGAAAUUCCGCCUCAACUUGUACGAGCUGAGAGAAAACCGAAGGAUUAAGCCCCAAACAUUCAUGAGCAUGAUAUCCAAUUUGCUUUAUGAACGAAGAUUUGGUCCAUUUUUCAUCGAACCCGUCAUAGCUGGUCUUGACCCCAAGACCACUAAACCAUUUGUCGCCUCGUUGGAUCUCAUUGGCUGUCCGAUGGUCACUGAUGAUUUUGUCGUGAGUGGAACCUGCUCCGAGCAGAUGUACGGCAUGUGUGAGUCUCUGUGGGAACCUAAUCUAGCCCCAGAUGAUCUCUUCGAAACAAUUUCACAAGCUCUGAUGAAUGCAUUUGAUCGAGACUGCAUGUCUGGUUGGGGUGGCGUUGUUUAUGUGGUAGAAAAGGAUAAAGUAACCAAACGACUAUUAAGAACCAGGAUGGACUAAGUUAUGAGUUUUUGACUGACAGUUUGUUACUUGUUAGUGUGUCGCAGAUAUAAACAUUCAAGGACGGUUUUCAUCAGUUAAUAUUAUAUACAUGUAUAGUCAUUUCAUCUGUCAUAAGUUCCUGAAUUUCGGAAGAAGAAAAUAAAAUUGAUACGUGAA